AACAUAAAGGCUGCAAAAGGAAGCAUUUCUUAUUUUGCCUAAAUAUACAGGAAUGCUAUGCUGCUUGUUUAUUAUAGUGCAUGAUUAUUAUAGAUAACUUGCUAUCCACUAGAAUAUCUCAUCUCAUCUUCAUCUGCUUAUCUGGAGCCGGGUCGCGGAGGCAGCAGUCUGAGCAUGGAAGCCCAAAUUUCCCUCUCCCCAGACACCUCGGCCAGCUCCUCGGGAAGAACACAUAGAAGACACAGUCCCUCCAGCGUGUCCUGGGUCUUCCCCGGGGCCUCCUCCAGGGGGGACAUGCCUGGAACACCUCCCCAGGGAGGCGUCCAGGAGGCAUCCGAAAGAGAUGCCCAAGCCACCUCAGCUGAUUCCUCUCGAUGUGGAGGAGCAGCAGCUCUACUCCGAGCUCCCCCCGAGUGAUUAUGCUUCUCACCCUAUCUUUAAGGGAGCACCCAGCCACCCUGCGAAGGAAACUCAUUUCAGCCGCUUCAGGUAUGGGCACCAUUGCACACUGGACAUGUUGUCUGAUCUUUCUCUGCAUUUUUUUAACUUGUCCCAUCAUGAGUCGUCAACUGAAGUUGCUCUCCGAGUUUCCAUUCUUCACAGUGUGGAAUGCUCCUACUGAAAAAUGUGCAUCUCGAUAUGGUGUUGAUCUGGACUUAAGUGUAUUUAACAUCAUCCACAACCAGAACCAGAGCUUUAACGGCAGUAACAUCACCAUCUUCUAUUCGGACAAGCUGGGCUUCUAUCCUCACUACACUGAGAAAAAUGAAUCUGUAUAUGGAGGGAUCCCUCAGAACUUCAGCUUGCAUGAUCACCUCUCGCAAGCCUUUGACGACCUGCAAAACCAGAUACCAGAUAAAAACUUCAGUGGCCUGGCUGUAGUGGACUGGGAGAGCUGGAGACCACUGUGGGAGCGCAACUGGAACAGGAAGAAUGUAUACCAGCAAGGCUCUAGAGCACUGGUGAGAGCUAAACAUGCUAGCUGGAAACCAGAGCAGAUAGAAGCCCAAGCUAAGAAAGACUUUGAAGGUGCAGCCCAGGCCUUCAUGGAGCAAACGAUAAAGCUUGGACGAGAUAAACGACCAGGGGGGCUGUGGGGUUUCUAUGGCUUUCCCUGCUGCUACAACUACCAGUACAAAAAAAAUGAGACAUACACUGGGGAGUGUGUGACAAUAGAGGUGAAGAGGAAUGACGAGUUAUCUUGGUUGUGGAACAUAAGCACUGCUCUGUAUCCUGAUCUUUACAUGGAUCUGAUGCUCAAGGGUCAUGACAGAGACAUUCUAUUGUAUGCCCAGCAUCGAAUUUUGGAGGCCAUGAGAGUGAGAGAGCAAGUCUCCCCUGUUCAACCAGUUGUCAUCCCCUAUGCUCGUAUCGUCUAUACCUACUCGAUGACAUUCCUCUCGCAGGAGGAUCUGGUUCAUACCAUUGGAGAGAGUGUCGCAUUAGGGGCAGCAGGAAUUGUGCUAUGGGGAGAUGCUCUCUAUUCCACAAACAAGAGCACAUGUCUAGCAGUGAAAAAUUACCUGGAUGAGACUCUGGGCCGAUAUGUGGUGAAUGUGACAAAAGCGGCAUUUCUCUGUAGCAAGGAACUGUGUUCGUUUAAUGGCCGAUGUGUGCGGAGAGACCCAGGUUCUUCAGCCUACCUUCAUCUUGAUCCAGCAGUAUGGACUAUCAUAUCCAGAGCUGAGCUUCCUGAACUGAACCCCAACAGUCCUUCAUAUUUGAUACAAAUGAACAAUAAGUUUUCAAUUAACAAAAGGUAUCAUUUUACAAAACCAUUUAAGUGCCAGUGUUAUCCAGGCUGGGAGGGUGAACACUGUGAGAAACUGGUUCCAAAUCCUUCAGAGAGAAAGUAAAUGUCUAUAGAACUUUAAAAAAAAAAAAAUAAGACUGGAUGAAUUUUAGUCUGAGCAGUCAGUGCUAGCAAAUCAUCUGCACUUUGCCCAACUUGUAUAAACCUUAUCUGACUUGAACUUAAGACAUUAACAGGGAUUUAUAAUCACUUUAUUUAAACUGUUGUAUUUGAAUUACUUUAGAGCUGAUUUUGGGAACAGCGGUGGAAUAAAUUUUUGAGAAUGCUGCUCUUUUAAACAUUUAAACAAGUAAGAGUAUUUAUGCAAAUAAUUUUCUAAGGUCUAGAAAUGAAUAAACCAAAGGAACUAAUGAUGUUUUUUUAGACUAAGUGCUGUAUAGGAUUUAUAGAUGUGGCUCUCUUGUGUAAAUAUGUAGUGCAAAAAAGUUUUUCUCAGUAACACUGGAAUAAUUUCAGAAUGAACAGUAUUAACACUUUGUUGUAGAUAUUUAUGUAUAGAAUGGAUAUCACAGUGCAGGUCAGUAUGAAUUUAGACCACCCUCUUCUGGGUUUUUCUUAUACUGCAACUGCAAAACAUGUCUGAGUCUGUACCAAAGUCUUUAGUCCUGGCUUGCCACUAGAUAGCAGUAAAGGUACAUCAAAGCAGUUUAUAUAGACAGUUGCACAUGGAUUUUAUUAUUUUUUUUUUCCUGUACCUAUGUAAAGUUUUAUGGCUAGGCAUUAAAUGUGUGCUAAAAUAAAUAACUAAUUGUA